AUGGAAGAGACAGUAUUGCAAGAUGCAGUGCGGCAUGCUAUUUCCUAUCACGACAUUCAGGAUGUUGUUGGUCUCUCAAAACAUCCAUCCACUGCAACUGUCCAACUGCCAGAAACAAAACGAGCCGAAAUAAUUUUGACGGAUAGAUAUUUAACGUGGAAUUUAACACUUAAAGAACUUCGAGGGGUCAAGACGUUGGACAAAGCAAAAGGUGAUCCGCCGUUUCUGAACAAGUGCGUAACUGAAAAGUAG